AUGUCGACGCAAUCUUUCCCAGAGCGAGACGCCGAGAACAAGGGCCCGAGUGCCCUCGGCAUAGUCGUAUCCGUCUCGAUCCUAAGCACUCUCUUCACGGCAGGUCGGUUGUUCGUGAGAGGCAAGAUCUUGGGAAAAACUCACUUGGACGAUUACUUGAUCAUUGCAUCUGUCAUAUGCGGAUGGGUUAACGUCGGAACUGCCAUUGCUGCCGUGGCACAUGGCAACGGUCGCCAUUUUGAUUUACUCGAUCUCGAACAAAAGCAAGGCUCGAUCCUCUGGACUAUUGCCGGAUUUCCCGCUGGAGUUAUGUCGUUUGGUUUGCCCAAACUCGCCGUCGUCGCACUCCUCACCCGAAUCAUGAACCCGAGCAAGGCACACAAGAUAUUCCUCUGGUCACUGGCUUUAUUUUGCUUAGCAAACCUCAUUGGUUGCGUCAUCAUUCUGUUUGCUCAAUGCCAGCCUUCACACUCUCAAUGGGACUUUUCGGUCACUGAGAAAACGUGCUGGGAUAAAUGGCUUCUGGUGUACUUUGCCAUAUACUCAGGAGGGUUCUGUGCCUUCGUCGACAUCUAUCUUGCCGUCUACCCUGCUGUCGUGUUGGCGAAGUUACAAAUGAGCAUCCGAAAGAAAGUUGCUCUGAGCAUCGCCCUCGGUAUUGGAUCUAUUUCAUCCAUUGUCGCCAUAUAUAAGUGCACGAGGUUGCCAAGUCUUGCUAGCGCAGACUUUUCAUAUGACACUGCGGAUUUGAUCAUUUGGACGAUUGUGGAAGGCAGUACCAUGAUCAUAGCCGCUUGCAUCCCAGUUCUGCAGCCUUUGGGCGAGCUCAUCUUCGGCAAGCGCAUGUUCAGCUCCGGAGGCGGGAAGUACACAUACGAAAACUACGGUUCUGGCCCGUCUGGCCCAUCUGGACCGAGUGGGCAUAUGAGGUCCGAUAACAUUGAGCUUUCACGCUCCCGGGAAGCCCGAAAGCGAGCGAUCCGGCAAGCCGAUGAGAUCAGUUUUGACGAUAACACAACUACGACAGCAAUUGCAAAGAAUAGCCAGGAGAGUAUACUCGACAAACACAACUUCAGUGGAAAGAUUAUGAGAACCGACGUCUUCAGCGUCAGUGUGGAACAGACCAAGAAAAUUUAA